GUCAGUUCCUCGAUCUUCCCACCGCCUCCACCACUAUCUUUCUCUCCCUAGGUACCUAGGUAGGCUCUGGCCAUGGAUCCUGACGUGCUCCCCCAGAAGGGCCGCUUUCAAAUCACUUAUGAACUUCCUCACCAGGCAUACCAUUCAUGCGUUUACCCUCAAAGGUCUUCCAACGGCUCGAGAAUAAUUGUCUACGGCCAUGAUAGAGGCCUACGUGUUGUUUGGUAUGGCGGAAGAUCAUUUGCUUCUCCAAAACCUGAAUCGGCGCCCAAGACGAACGGAACCUCCAAGAGCACCCCCAUGGUCAUUGACCUCGAGGACGAAGACACUCACAAUGAAACGCCAGCCACACCACAUCAGACGGUGGGACCCACUGAAUUUCAACAGAACGAUGAUGAAAUCGACCACUCAGCACCUUACCAACGUGUCUUGCGUUUCAUGGACUUGCCCCUAGGCACCGCAGCCCUUCGCAUUGCCAUUCCUCAUAUCCACACCGACAUCUCACAGGCGGCUCCAGAUAGCUACCCACUGAUCUAUCGCGAUCGCAUCAUUGUUGCUGCUGCAUGUGCCGACCUCUCUAUCCGCAUCGUCACCCUACCCCUUACUCCUCCUCAUCCCGACGUGCGCGAUGUCUCGACGCUUGAGGUUGAAAGCCUGAAAAUAUUUGGCCCAAAUUCUCAUCAAGACUUUAUCUCUGACAUUGCCAUUACCCAGUCCACGGGCGCUGAAGCGGACGAAACUGAGAUCGACGAUCAAGUGCGACCGAACACACGUGCGCGUUCCCAAGCGGCGAGAGCAGAAGAUGGCAACUCGACUCUUCAGAAAUGGUCUCUGCUUGUAGCUUCCGUUUCAUCCACAGGGUCCGGAUUGCUGCUUGUCCAUCAGCUACCCCUGAUAUCACAGAGGAAACUCUCCACAAAACCCCAACACUUUCUUCCCAUCCGGCGUCAGUAUCUGCGCUCGCCAGCCGCGGGAGCACGAUUGACGUUCAAUCCAGCCGUCUUCCCAUCGCAGCGACAUUCGUCGUUGCUGCUCACUCUUCCUGCAGCUUCACUUGUGAAACUUUAUCAUGUAUUUGCCACCCAUGUUCGGGACCGCCGCGGAUCUACCGCAACCGCGGACUCUAUGUCCAGUCGUGACUCUCUACAUGCUUCCGACGGAGGAAGCUUCCCCUUGACCUUUCUUCCACCUUUCGAAACUUCAGAUAUCGCUAGUGGUGUCCCUAGGAGAAAGAGAGUCAUAGAUGCGCAAUGGAUAGCUGCUGGCCGGGCUAUCAUUGGGUUGCUUGAAGAUGGCGAAUGGGGUAUUUGGGAUCUUGAAGCUGUCGGCCCCAGGUCCACAACUUCUGGUAUGAACCUGAUUCGAGGGCAAUCAAAUAUCUCUGGUAUUCAGGGCGGCUCUUUGACGAGAUUUGCCGUUCGUUCGCAUGUUAAUUUGCCAAAUGUGGCAAAGCAGUCAUCAACAGUCGCAUUCCAACCUAGCUCGGGCUCAUUGGCGCCAAUGACGCCUGCAACUCGCAAAGAACGCUCUGACGGCUUAUUUCGAGGCAAGGCAACGGAAGCCACCAUUCCGUCUAGCCCUCAAAGAAACCAUGGAUCCAUUUCUGUUGAUCGCCAGUCCCUCUCUGUGAAUGGACGAUCUCAAGAUGAGUCGGUGACAAUCAGCUUCGCAGACCAAAGCCUUUACAUUCCGUCGAUCCUCUCUCUUUGGAAAGGCGAUACGCAGCCUGUUCGUAUGCCAAACCUCAAGUUAGGGGGACAGAACCAGCAGUGCAUCCAUGUCUUGCCAUGUUCCACGCCAGGUUCUUCGCUUGGCCUCUUGGGUAUUACAGAUUCAAUACCCGAGUUCAUGGUCCAGACCUCACACCGCCUUAUCCUUUCCGUACAUCCACUUUCCGAUCCAUUGCACGAAAACACCAACGGCUCAAUGACCACUAUCCCACAUACUUCUGACCAAGCUCUUCUAGACUCUGGGGAGCUAGAUGUCGAUGGUAUGGAUCGGAUCCUAGACAAUAUGGAUACCAAUAUUGGCGGGAAGCGGCACGGGUCGUUCAACAAGAACGCGCAUUUCCGCGAGGACGACACCUCAGAUGAUGAUGAUGAUGAUGAUGACACGAGCAUGGUUCUCGGGUCACCGACGCCUGCCAAGUUCACGGCAUCAAGAAAUAUGCCUUUCAGUCGCUUAGCAGGUCGACAGGGACCAUCUUCUAAGUAUGCAGGUGGAGUUGCCCAAGAUGGGGUAGGGCAUGGUCGAAGCCGUCCCUCCCAGCCUACGCAGCGACGAAUUUUCACUUGAAAGCAUCACCAAGAACCCCCUCGUUCAGCGCCGGGACGCGAAGCAUCUAGUGCGGUUAUUGCCUGAGACUUGCGCACGAUACCUGAGCGCUAAGCUCUAUUUUUGUUCGAUAAAGCGACAUUAAAGCUCAACGAUGAUACCCAUACCAGUUUUAUUCCAUUCCAUUGACAGCAUACAGCCGGUGUCAAAUUUGAUUGCAAAACAUCAACUUGCGC